GCUCCACACCCGUCGCCAACAUGAGGACAGCUCUGCGCGCCUUGCGCAUUGUCGGCAGGGCUCCAGCUCGCCCAUGCUUCCGCCAAACCCGCCAUUGGAGCAGCACGCCCGUCAAGCGCGAGCUCGUCUCUGCCGCAGAGCUGCACUUUGGCCAGCCGCUGCAUGAGACCCACCCACACCUGCUCAAGCCCGGCGAAGUCACUCCCGGCAUCAGCGCACUCGAAUACGCCAACCGUCGCUCCGCCCUCGCCCGUUUGCUUCCUCCGAAAAGCGCCGCAAUCAUUCCCGCUUCCGACACCAAAUACCGCUCCGGUGCUGUGUUCUACAAGUUCCACCAAGAUGCCGACUUCUUCUAUCUGACCGGCUUUGACGAGCCUGAGGCUUUGGCUAUAAUAGAGAAGACUGGUCCCGAAGACGAGCACCUAUUUCAUCUCUAUGUACGGCCAAAGGACCCUAGAGCGGAGUUGUGGGACGGAGCCCGCUCAGGUGUCCAGGCUGCACUGGACGUUUUCAAUGCGGAUGAAGCUGGAAACAUCAAGGACAUAGGAAAGAUCAUUCCGGAAGUCAUCCGUCGUUCCGAGCACAUCUACACCGAGCUUCCCGGCAAACUCGACCACAGAUCACCAAUUACUCGAUACCUAAGUGGAACUAUGUACAUGGGCGACAAUGGCUUCCCUAAGGCCUUGAAGGGCGUCAAGCCGUCUGCAGUCAAAUCUUUGCGUCCACUGCUGAACGACCUCCGCAUGUUCAAGAGCGAAGCUGAAAUUAGCAACAUGAGGAUAGCUGGACAGGCGUCAGGAAGAGCUUUCUCCCACGCCAUGAGCAACCGCUUCGCCACUGAGAGAGAACUGCAUGCGCACAUGGAUUAUGGCUUUCAAAUGCUGGGCUGUGACGGCAUUGCUUACGUGCCAGUUGUUGCUGGAGGCGAGAAUGCUCUUCGCAUCCACUACGUUCGCAACGACAAUGUAUUGAAUGACGGCGAGAUGGUGCUCGUGGACGCUGGCGGACAAUAUGGCGGAUACAUAACCGACAUCACGCGCACCUGGCCUAUCAACGGCAAGUUCACACCAGCGCAAAAAGACAUGUACGAGAUGAUCUUGAAGGUGCAACGGUCAUGCGUGUCACUCUGCCGCGAAGACUCGCAAAUGACGCUCGACCAACUGCACCACAUUGCCGCGAGCAACAUCCGCGACGGGCUACAACAGCUCGGCUUCAACAUGACGGGCGAUGCCCUCGAGACCCUCUUCCCCCACCACCUAGGCCACUACAUCGGCCUCGACGUGCACGACUCGCCAGGCUCGCCGCGCAGCCGCCCCCUCAAAGCCGGCCAGUGCAUCACGAUCGAGCCGGGCGUGUACGUGCCGGACGACGAGCGCUGGCCAGCCCACUUCCGCGGCAUGGGCAUCCGCAUCGAGGACAGUGUAGCGAUACGCGAGGAGAGCCCGUUUGUGCUUACCACGGAAGCGGUGAAGGAGAUUAUGGAUAUUGAGGCGUUGGGCAAGAAGCAUUAGGGGACGCGUGUGGUUGGUGUGGGAUACCUUUGUAUAGCAAGUGAGUUUGUGAGCAUGGUUUGGUGCGCUUUGCGGGUAUUGGAAAGUUGCGUGCUUGGCGAUGGCUCGUGGUGGUUGUGGAUGUACUUGCAGCUGUGUCCUUGAUCUUACCUUUCCCCCAAAUCAGCUAUUGGACUGGACGUCGCCUGCCCAUCAUGCAC